GGUGUGCCCCACAGAGUUUACUCAGCACGCAAUCCGCUUCCAAACUGUAGCUUCUUUUGUUCAGGAGUUUUCUCUCUCUCGCGAUCGGUGGGACGUCAAGAGAAGAAGAAUGUCGGUUCUGAUAGUAACGAGCUUGGGAGAUAUAGUCAUAGAUCUUCAUACGGAUCGAUGCCCCUUAACCACCAAAAACUUCUUGAAGCUCUGCAAGAUUAAGUAUUUCAAUGGCUGUCUAUUCCACACAGUUCAAAAGGAUUUCACUGCACAAACUGGUGACCCUACUGGAAAGGGCACUGGCGGAGAUUCAGUGUACAAAUUUCUUUAUGGUGAUCAAGCUCGCUUUUUCGGUGAUGAGAUCCAUCCUGAUUUGAAGCACUCUAAAACAGGCACUGUAGCUAUGGCUAGUGCUGGAGAGAAUCUUAAUGCUUCUCAGUUUUAUUUCACAUUGCGCGAUGAUCUUGACUAUCUCGAUGGGAAACACACUGUGUUUGGGGAGGUAGCUGAAGGGAUAGAUACCUUGAUGAGGAUAAAUGAGGCAUAUGUGGAUGAUAAAGGAAGACCAUACAAAAACAUACGAAUUAAACAUACCUAUAUACUGGAUGAUCCUUUUGAAGAUCCCCCACAACUUACUGAAUUAAUUCCUGAGAGAUCCCCAGAAGGCAAACCACUCGAUGAGAUGGAAGAAGUACGCUUGGAAGAUGACUGGGUGCCUAUGGAUGAGACGUUAGGUCCUGCAGAGCUUGAGGAGGCACUUCGUUUGAAAGAGGCGCAGUCAAAUGCAGUUUUUCUUGAGACUGUAGGAGAUAUUCCAGAUGCGGAGAUAAAGCCCCCAGAGAAUGUAUUAUUUGUUUGUAAACUUAACCCAAUAACACAAGAUGAGGAUUUGGAUACAAUCUUUUCACGUUUUGGAACUGUAUUAUCGGCUGAGGUCAUUCGAGAUUAUAAGACUGGAGACAGUUUAUGCUACGCAUUCAUUGAGUUUGAGACAAAUGAGGCAUGUGAACAAGCAUAUUUCAAGAUGGAUAAUGCAUUAAUUGAUGACCGAAGGAUACAUGUGGAUUUCAGUCAAAGUGUUGCUAAAUUGUGGUCCCAAUAUAGACGCGGUAAAGGAAAUCAGAAUGGUAAAGGCAGAGGCUGCUUCAAAUGUGGAGGUCUGGAUCAUAUCGCCAAGGACUGUGCCGAGAGCCCGACUACAAAGAAGCAAAAUCCUAAAUACACCUUGAAAGAUGAAAAUACACAGCGUGGUGGGGAUGCUCGCCAAAGUUACGACAUGGUGUUUGAUGGCGACACUCUGCCAAGUUUGGACCGUGAGGAUAAAAAACACCGUGAACAUAAAACUGAAGAUGAAACAAAAAGGUGGAAGAGGGGUAAUGAUCAAAGUUCAGGAGAUUUUCGCAGUAAGAGAGAUUCCACAAACGAUAGGGAUAGGGAGGGGCAUGAUCACAGCAACAGCGGACGCAGGGGGGAGAGGGGCCAAGGAACUAGAGGAAGCAGCAGAGAUGAUGAGCAUCAAGGAGGGAGAUAUUCUAGAGAGAGAAUGUCUGAGAGGCGUAGAGAUGAAGAAAAUCGAAAGAAGAGACAUGAUGAUGAUCAUCCAAGACGAGCCAAGCAAGAUGAUAGAAAGAGAAGCAAUGAUCAUGAUGUUGAUCCUCCUAGGAGAGAAGAUCGAAAUGACAAGAAGACGAGGAAAUAUAGCAAUGACAAUAAUCAUGGGCAGGGUAAGCAAGAUGAUGAGAAAAGCAGAGAUCAGGAUGGUGAUCGUGACAGUAGACAGAGGCGACAUGUCAACAGUGAUAUUGAUCGUCAUAGGAGGGAUGAACGAUAUGAGAAUAAGAGAAGCAUAGGCCAUAGUGGUAAUCCUCACAAGAGGGAGGGAGGUGAUAGGAAAAGAGAAACUGAGCACCACAGCAGUGCCGACCGGAGAGAUGGUCAAGAUGAUAGAAAGAACUAUAGACCGUGAUGCUACUAGCCCAGAUAGAAAGCGUGAGUAUGAGAAAAGGAGAUGAGCAUUUCAAAUGAUAAAUGCUUGAUGAGAAUGCAAGACCGCAUGAACUGAACCUCUUAUUGUUUCCUUGCGAUAUUACUGUUGUGGGAAAAAAAAAAUUUGAACUUUAUGAUACAAGUAUAUUAACAAUCAAAUGCUUGAUAUGUGGAAUGUCUACUUCAAUCUGUCAAGCUAAACAAGAAUAUUACAGACUGCUUCA